AUGUGGCGACGCUGGGUGCUGGUGUUUCCCGCAGCGGCCGUGUCGCUGGCGUGCAGCUGCUGGUGGGUGUGGCGCAGCGCGGCAGAAGGCAGGCACAGAGACCCGGACAGGGGGUGGUCGCCAGCAGCGGCCAGGGGGCGGCCCGCGCUCCCCGCCGUGCCGCAGCCCAUGCUGGAGCUGUACCACAGCCACCUCAGGCACCGGCCGCACCCGCCCCCGCCGGCGGAGCUCAUCCGCGGACUCAGGCCCACGGUGCAAGGCUGGGCGCCGGGCCGCGCCUUAUUGGAGUUCCGGCUGCCUGCCACGGAGGCGGGCGAGCGGCUGACGGCGGCCGAGCUCCGGCUGCACGCCAGACUUGCAGGCGGUCCACCAGGGGUGGUCGCAAUGGUGGCGUGGUCGGGCCCACGUCGCCUGGACGGCGGCCUGCGGUCCGUGGGUUCGCGCUCCGCCUGGCUCGCUCCACUCAACGUGACUGCGGCGCUGCCCAGCCGCGGCGCUGUGACGUCACUCGCUAUCAACGUCACGCUGCACGGCCCUCUGCGCCUCGGUGAGGCGCCGCUACUUCUGCUGCAGUACGAGCCACCACACAGGACCGCAACUGACCUUAAGGUGGGCGGCGGUCGUGAGUCUCCACGCAGAAGGCGGCAGGUGGAGGCGGAGGACUACGAGGAAGAGACGAACCGCGUCUGGAGCAGGGACAGUGGGGGCGGCGGGGGCGGAGAGCUGCAGCUCCAGGUGAAGGCCAGGUCGGGCCGGCGGGCGCGCGGCAACUGCCGCAGGAAGCCGCUCUACGUCGACUUCUCAGAGAUCAACUACGACACCUGGAUAGUCGCCCCCACUGGAUACGAGGCGUUCCAGUGCGCGGGUCGGUGCUCGUGGCCGCUGCCGGAGCACCUGUCGCCCACCAAGCACGCGCUGGUGCAGGCGCUGCUGCACACGUUCCGGCCAGGGCUGGCCCCGCGCGCCUGCUGCGUGCCCACGCGCCUCCUGCCCAUCUCCGUGCUCUACAUGGAGCCCACUGGCGUCGUCACCUACCACUACAGCUACCACGACAUGGUGGUCGCAGAGUGUGGCUGCCGCUGAGCCGCAUCACAUACUUCGAUUUGACUGUUACAGACUGCAGCUCUCAGCAAACUGCACUACCUGCCGCUGCCUCUUCGACGACACGGUAUGACGAACUGCCAUGACAGCUUGCCACGGAACCUCAUCAUGUACCAAUGCAGCUCUUUACAAGAUGGUCAUCACAGACUGCAGCUGCCACUUAACCUGAUUUCUUACUGCAAGAGCAUCGUGUAUCGCUAUAUGGUCGACACAAGGCUGCGGAUGCCUGUAAAAUAACUGUCGUCACAGUCUGAGUUCAUUGCUGAAACAUCUCUCUUAGCGUGCUACUGCAAGAGCAUCGUGUAUCGCUAUAUGGUCGACACAAGGCUGCGGAUGCCUGUAAAAUAACUGUCGUCACAGUCUGAGUUCAUUGCUGAAACAUCUCUCUUAGCGUGAACAGUUGUCACAGACUGCAGCUGCAUCGCUAUCUGCUGUUUUAUAAAAAUUAAAAAGCAAAGCAGAUUAUUACG